AUGGGGCUCUAUUUUAUGUCCACGAAAAAAACACCUGGCCCUGAUCAAAAGCGUCUGCCUGCCUGCCCCUCUCUCCCCCUCUCCCCCUCUCUCCCACUCUCUCUCCCUCUCUCCCCCUCUCUCUCCCUCUCUCCCCCUCUCUCCCCCUCUCUGCCCCUCUCUCCCCCACUCUCCCCCUCUCUCCCCCUCUCUGCCCCUCUCUCCCGCACUCUCCCCCCCUCUGCCCCUCUCUGCCCCUCUCUGCGCCUCUCUGCCACUCAGUGUCCCUCUUUGCCCUUCUCUGCCCCUCUCUGCCCCGCUCUGCUCUGCCCAUGUCUACCCCUCGUUACCCCACUCUACCCCACUCUACCCCUCUCCGUCUCUCCCUCACCAGACCCAUGA